AUGGCUGACACCCAGGACAAGCUGUUUGCAAUUGUCGAGCCUGCACCACUGUCUCCUUCCCUCUUCCUCGACUGUUCCUCGACAACCCAUGGCGAUUCACAGAAGACGCAGGACGAACUGGCCCUGGCAUACAUCUCACAGAUGCUCAUGGAGGAGGACGUUCCUGUCGACAAGUUCUUUUACCGAUACCCUGACCACCCAAUGGUCCUGCAGGCCGAGCAGCCCUUCGCCGAGAUCCUCUCUGCUUCCGGUACCACCUCAUCUGAUGCCCAGGAUCCCUCCACCUUGCUUUCCAGCCGCAUGGUUUCUGGGUUCUUAUCUGCCGAGGUACACAAUCCUACCUUCUUGAAUGGCACAGUCACCGCGGCGGAGGAGCCCAGCAGUAGCAGCACCAGCAUGGGCAUGCUGUCGAGCAUGGCUUUUCUCAAAGGCAUGGAGGAAGCCAACAGGUUCUUACCCACACAAAACGGGUUCAUGGAUAGUAGAUGGCAUAAGAACAGGUUUGACGACUUGGAUGGUGAGACAGUGCCGCGCAUGGGCAGGAGCAGCAAGCAAAUAGUGCCUGUGCAUACUGGCUCAGAGAAGGAACACACCACGGUUGAGAUGUCAGACAACCUGCUCACCCCUGAUGGCUACGGCAUGCACCUCAAGGAGAGGGGCGACAAGGCGGCGCAGCAGAGCAUUUGCAGGAAGGUGCCGCUUGUGAGGCGUGGUGCAACGCAGAUGAUGGUGGCUGACCUGGAAACGCUGCUGAUCCGCUGCGCUGAGGCGGUGGCUACCAUCGACCGGCGCAGAGCGGGCGAUCUUCUGGAGCUGAUCAAGAGGAACUCAUUGCCGACGGGGGACGCGACGCAGCGGCUGGCGCAUUACUUUGCCGAGGGGCUGGAGGCACGGCUGGCAGGCACAGGUUGGCAACUCUACCACUCAAUCACCGUGGCGACGCACGCCAACAUCAUGGAGUUCCUCAAGGGCUACCACCUGUACAUGGCCACCUGCUGUUUCCUGAAGGUGUCCAUCCACUUCUCCAACAAGAACAUCUACAAUGCAGUGGCGGGGAGAAAGAAGCUGCACAUUGUGCACUACGGCGUCAACGACGGGUUCCAGUGGCCGGAGCUACUCCGGUGGCUAGCAGAAAGGGAGGGUGGGCCACCGGAGGUGAGGUUUACCGGAAUCACUAGCCCACAGCCCGGGUUGUGUCCGGUCAAGCAUGCCGAGGAGUCGAAACACAUGCUCAGCCACUGCGCAAGCCAGUUAGGCGUCCCAUUCAAGUUCCGUGCUAUAAUAGCCAAGUUAGAGGUCAUCCGCGCCGAGGACCUCGACAUUGAUCCUGAUGAGGUGCUCGUCGUGAACAACCUUUUCCAUUUUAGGACCUUGAUGGACGAAGGCCUCACCUUCGACAUGGUAAACCCAAGGGACUUGGUGCUCAACACUGUCAGGAAGAUGAAACCAUCCGUGUUCGUCCACGCCACCAUAAACGGACCUUACAGCUCUGCACUCUUCAAGACUCGUUUCCACCAAGCGCUCUCCAACUUCACAGCACAGUUUGACAUGAUGGCAACCACCAUGCCGCGGGAGCGGGACAGCAGCAAGAGGUUACUGCUUGAGCGCAAAGUAUUGGGCCGGCGCGCAGUGAAUAUCAUUGCCUGCGAGGGCGCUGACCGGGUGGAGCGCCCUCAGAACUACAAGGAAUGGCAGACACAAAACCAGCGAGCGGGCCUGAGGCAACUGCCGUUGGACCGUGGCAUUGUUGAGAUACUCAAGGACCAAGUGAAGGAGCAGUACCACAGGCAUUUCAUAGUCAAUGAGGACGGCCGCUGGCUUCUGCUGGGAUGGAAAGGCAGGGUGCUCUACGCCCUCUCGACAUGGGCAGCUGAUGAUGCUAAUGGCUCCCAACCCGCGUAG